UUGAUGGUGGUUCUGUUUUUUUAUCUUGUCUCUCGCACAUCUCCCGCAAGAGAAAAAGGGUUGGGAAGGGAGUUUCUCGGUAGCCGCUGGUCCUUUGCGUUUAUGAAUGAAAAGGGGGGUAUUCCCAACGUCGUCACCUUAGGUAGUCUGGCAUGUUUGUUGUGUUGCUCCCCCUUUUCUUCCUCCUCGCGCGACACAAAUCAUGCCUUCGCCCCCAUUUCCUAACUAUAACAGCAACUUACGUUGAUUUUCGUCAAGUUAUGCUAGCGAGGUUAUCUAGGUACACCUAUUUUCGUGAGCAGCGUGGUAGUGAGGAAUCCGACGCUGCAGCCUGUACCAAAAAGAAGAAAUCUGUUUCAAACCCGUGGUCUUUUUGAGUGACUAUUCCGUAUAUUUCAUCUCGGAUUCCAUU